ACUCUCGCAGUUGAACGUUGGGACAGUACCACCACAGGAAAAAAAAAAUCUCACUCUCACUACAAAUGGUCAGUACAGUGCAGUGCACUUGAGAAUAAUCCAAAGGAAACGUUUCAUGCAGUUUGGCACGUCAUCUUCGACGUACUCCAAGGAAUUCGUGACAAGACGCAAAAUCAUAAUUAUCCAAAUUGUGCAUUGAUUAAAAAGAAUACCCCAACUGUAAAAUUUGAUAACUGGGUGAUUAAAACUGACGCUCCAGGAAAAAAACAUCAAAAUGAAGGCGAUACUACUCGCCCUCAGUGCAUUGUUUGCUGUUUCGGCAGCUAGAGGUAUUGUCAAUGUUGAGGAGCAUAGCCCUCGAAUGUUGGGAGCCCAACAAUGUACAUGGGGUCCUGGGUACUGGUGUAUGAAUAUAACAAAUGCUGCUGGCUGCAAUGCAACGAGUCAUUGCAUCGAACAUGUCUGGAGUACCAUGCACGUUCCAGAAGAUGAUGACAGUGUUUGCAAAAUUUGUAAAGACAUGGUCGGCCAAGCACGCGAUCAAUUGGAAAGUAAUCAAACCCAGGCAGACCUCAAGGCCGUCUUCGAGGGCAGCUGUAGACUCAUGAUGAUCAAACCCAUAGUCGAUGAGUGCGACAGAUUGGUCGAUCAGUUCAUCCCCGAGCUGGUCGAGACUCUGGCAUCCCAGAUGAAUCCAUCAGUCGUCUGCUCGGUUGCCGGUUUGUGUAAUUCAGCUCGCAUCGAUCAACUACUCGUUGAGCACGAGGCCAUGCUCAAGAAGAUUAAUGCGAAAGCCGUAUCUCUACAAAAUGACGAGCUUACCCCCGAUGAGUGUUCUCGUUGCUACACAAUAGCAUCUCAUAUGGAGAAUCAGCUGUCCAACACUCCACGAGAUCGAAUGGUAAACGAAUUGCUCUCCCUGUGCGGUCAAUUCAGUUCCUUUUCCGAUGCCUGCUCUUCCAUAAUUCUCGUUAACUUCGAAACGAUCUACGAUCACCUGAAGAAUAAUUUCAAUGCUGAUAACAUCUGCCACCUGUCUGGUCAGUGCAGUAGCAAGUACCACAGACAUGAGGAAGAGGCAGACAAGGGUCCAGCUGUAGAAAUUCGUCCUCUAUCCACCGUGGGAGUAGUAGAUAUUGGUGAAGAUCUCCCCUGCAAGCUCUGCGAGCAGUUGGUGGGACAUCUCAGAGAUCUUUUAGUGGCAAAUACUACAGAGUUGGAAUUCCAACAGGUUCUCGACGGUCUGUGCAAGCAAACUAAGUCCUUUGCUGAUGAGUGCAAAUCCCUCGUCGAUCAAUACUACUCUGAAAUUUAUGAGUACCUGGUCCACCGUUUAAAUAGCAAUGCCAUAUGCCAACUAGGUGGAAUUUGUCCAGAGCCAGGUAAAAUGCCCAUGGAUAGGCUCAUCAUGCCUCUGCUCCCCCUGCACUCAGCAGAAAUUGGAAUUCGAGUUCUGAACGAGCAAAACGAGAAGAACGUGGAAAUCGGUGGUGUCGGACAAUCAAGCGCUUAUCCUAGAACUGAAGCUGAUGAAAUGCAACUUCCAAUCGAGAGAUUCCAACCAUUCGCCACUUUAUCUCUUCCCAAAAUGGACGUCGAAGGGCAGAAGACUUGCGCUUUUUGCGAGUACCUUCUGCAUUAUUUACAACAGGUAAUCACCAGUCCAACGACUGAGGAUCAAGUGAGGGAAGUGUUGGAGAAAGUCUGCACGAAGCUACCUCAAAGCGUUGAAGGUACUUGCAACGAAUUCGUGGAUACCUAUGAGGAUGCUCUUGUUGCUUUAUUAGCCCAAGAGAUUGAUCCUUCCAUUGCUUGUCCCAUGCUGCAUAUCUGUCCAUCGCAGGCAGCUAUGGAAGCCUGGGAAGCGAUUCCCGAAGAAAUGACACUAAGAUCGAACGUUGAGGAAAAGCCCAGCUGUCCGCUUUGUCUCCUUGCUCUCAGCCAACUGUACAAUGUCAUCAAGGAUAACAAAACUGAGGAGAGCAUCCAGAGAGCGUUAGAUAAGCUUUGUGAUGAUCUCCCUAAGGACUUGAAUCACCAGUGUGCAAGCUUGGUCAAGGGCUACAGCAAAGAACUUAUUGACAUGCUUCUGGCUGAUCUGACUCCUCAGGAAGUCUGUGUUUACAUUAAAUUGUGUAACGCACAGAAAAACGUCGGCCCCACUGAUCAAUUCCCCAUGGACAAAGAUGGAGAGAUCAUGACGAACGAAAUUCCAAAUUUUCCAAUUCAUAAAGAUAAGCAUCUGAAUGACGGUCAGAAAUGCGUUAUUUGUGAAUAUGUCAUGCAGUACCUAGAAAAGCAAAUGAAGAACAAGUCGACGAAGGAUGAAAUCGAGAAGGUUGUUCAUGGAAUUUGUAAUUAUCUACCGAAGACUGUCUCACAGCAGUGCAAUACCUUUGUUAAUCAAUAUGCUGAUCUCGUAAUUGAUCUGUUGGCUCAAGAAGUCAGUCCUAAGGAGAUUUGCACAGCUAUGGGGCUCUGUCAGGCUGCUCUCAAAAAGAUGAUGGAUUCGAUUGCUGAGUGUGCACUGUGUCAGGCCAUUAUUUCCUCCAUUGAUAGCAUGUUGGUUAAUCCUGAAAUUGAUCAGAAGAUUGAAGAUAUUGUGGGUAAAGUAUGCACACUGCUUCCUGGGAGCAAGCAGGGCAAGUGCACCAUGAUGCUGGAGGUUUAUGAGCAGAGCAUCAUCAAUCUCUUGAAGGCUGGCGUUAAUACUAGGGAAGUCUGUAAAAAAAUUGCACUUUGCUCUAAUAGCGAUUUUUUCGCUAUGUCCAAUCCGCAUUUCAGGGACCGGAGGGCUGACGAUCUGGGGAAGAAGAGGUGCACCUGGGGGGAUGAGUAUCGGUGCAGUGAUAUGAGAGCUGCUGAGGAAUGUGAUGCUGUCAACCACUGUAAAACGAAUGUAUGGAAAAGUAACUCUCCCACCAAUGAUCGUGGGGAAUCCACGGAGGAAAAAUCAAGAUCUUAAAAAUUUUUUUUUAAUUUUCAAAUAUUUCAUAUACAAAACUUCAAUUCAUAAUCAGAACAUAAAAAUUCAACAGAUAAUAUACUUAAUAAUGAAUAAAUUUAAGUGGGAGAUGAGCAGUAAAAUUCUACGUGGUAGAUAAUCAUACUCGAACCAAAAGAAUCAUUCAAUAGUGCGAUGACUAACAUUAAUUAUAAACGAAUGUAAGUAGACGUUAUUAAAAGCCUUUUUGUCUUAUAAAAUAUUAUUUCUGUAACUCAUUAUAUUUCAAUACUAGUAGGCAGAAGUUUGAAAGUUCAAUGCUCUCAA